UUUGGUGGGUGUGGUUAAUAAAAUGGCGGCUCAUACUUCUUCAGUGGAGACUUCUUUGGCUAUUCAUAUUGUAGAAGAUCAUAACGAAGUAUUGGAGUAUAUCUACUCAGAUAUAGGAAAAAAGAUAUUACCUUUUACUGGGAUCUGUCUAGUUCAUUUUGACUCUCAUCCUGACCUACUCGCACCUCAAGACAUGCCAGCAGACAGAGUUUACGACAAAGAGAACCUUUUCGAGUCACUCAGCAUAGGAGAUUGGAUCUUACCCGCCGUAUACGCUGGUCACUUUACUUCCAUUGUUUGGAUAAAGCCACCGUGGUCUAAUCAAAUACCCACUGGGCAGCACAUGUUAUCUGUAGGGAAGCAUUGCCAAUGUGGAUACCUGAGAGUUCACCUACCUAUUGCAUAUUAUUUGUCCGAGGGUCUUUAUGCUUGCUUGGAUCAACUAGAAAAUGUUAAAACGGUUCCUCUCUAUGUGCUAACGCUUGAUCUGAAGGAACACAUUGAUACCAUUUCUGAUCCUUGCAUUACCAUACAAAAACUCCUUGAGGAGUCUUCGGCAUGUAUCCUUGACGUUGACCUUGAUUUCUUUUCUACCGUGAAUCCAUUUAAAUUAAUGUUUACAGAGGAGCAAUACGAGUAUUUGAGCCACUUGUAUGGGUUUGAGUUAAGCAAAGCUAAUGAGGAUGAUCCCUCUGAAGUUAAUGAGUCUAGGCUAUGCAAACUCUCUUCUUUGUUGGAUCUGUGGAGUGGAAAAUUAGCAGACAAGAAUCUCAUCGAAACUCAAAUAAAGUCAUUGAUUGGGCAAGAAAAGAAUGGAGACAUAAUAGAAGCUGAUGAUAUACACAUAGCUGGUAUGAUGACCGAUCUACCACAUCAUGUCAGUGAACAGUCUGAGAUUGUCUCUCUCAUCAGAAAAAUGAAAACGCUGCUAGCAUGCCUCAAAGAAUCCUCUAUGCCAAGACUUGUUACCAUUGCAAGAUCAUCCAAUGAUCCUUAUACACCUCAAGAUCAAGUUGAUAAAAUACAAACUGCUGUUAUGGACGCGUUGUCAUCAAUUUGGACGGUUAAGAUGCUAACAUAUUCACAUUAUACUUAAAGGGACAGGCAAUCUUUCCUCUUACUCCAUCAUUGGACUUUUACAUGGGCUGGUAUUGUCAAUGCAUGAAUCUGCCAUACUGGUAGCACCUUGUUGCAGCCAGACCUGUUGCAAAGGAAUCGUACUAAUUGCUGUUUUGUACUCUUCAUACAAUUUUUAAUGUGUAAAAAAUGUUUUAACUAAUUGCAUAUUGAGCAUCAAUCAACAGGAUUGUAUCCACGCACCCUUGCAACUGCUAUAGCAGCACACCACUGGCUUGGAGUUCAUUAUAUUUGCCAAUGGACACUGAGGGAACUAGUCUAACUAGAGCUGCUACAUCAGCUCUCAUUACUGGCCUAGCUCUACCAAUCUACAUACUGGCAAUAUAUUUACCUUCUCUUGCUCUGAAUGGAUUCAUUGUCGCUGCUUUUGUGUUCGACAAGAAACUUCACACUCCCUCUAAUUUGCUCUCCGUUCAUAUUUCGAUCAUCGGCCUUGUGUCUUUGCUAAUUUAUAGUACUAUGCUAAUGUCAGCAUUUGCUCUCUCUGUCAUUCAUUGUGACUGUGAUUUGACCUACUGCAAGUGGAUAUUAGCUCACGUAUUCCAUUUUGCACUCUAUCCUCUCAAUAUUACAGCAAUAGCCAUUGGUUACUGCCUCAUACUCAAGUACUCCUCAUCCGUGCUUACAUUCCCUCGUGUAGUAACAGUUCUUAUUGGUAUAUGGAUAGCAUCAGUGAUUGGUAAUGUUCCUACCGUAUUCCUCGUUCCAUUGCAUGAUUUUGUUACGUGCUGCGAAGGACUGUGUUUGAAUGACACUUAUGUUUGUGAUGAUUUGACAGGAGCAUUUACUCCUAACUUGUUUAACGUUUCUUCACAGAUUUUUUUCAUUUUACAAAAUAUAUUUUUUAUAUUCUUCCCUUGCGUCUUUGUAAUUAGCUUCACGGCACUUUCAUACUACAUUUUCAAGUCCUCAAUCUAUCAUCCAAACAACUCACUCAAGAGGAGAAUGUUUCUUCUACCAAUAGUAAUGACGGUCGCUACUCUGGUCCUAAUUUUUGGACAGAAUAUCAUAAAUUGGAUGCCACUCACUACACAUGCUCCAAAUGUACCAGGAGACAUUGUUCCUUUUGUUUUUGACCUAAUAUGGGAUGUCAGUAUGAUUAUUUAUCCGAUAAUUAUUUUAUACUUUAACGUUCCUCUCCAGAGAAGCUGCCGGGCUAUAAUAAAGAAAUUACUCUGUCCAAAAAACUGUUUAGUUCACGAACUAACGUAGACAGUUUCCGAUUGUUUUUUUUUUGCUUUUUUUGAAUUGGUACAAAUAUUAUCUGCUGAUUACAUACAA